UCAGUUUAUUUUUCCCUUCUAAAUAUGAUUUUGGAACUAAGUAACUCGUUCUAUUAUAUUUCAGAGUUUAUUACAUUGUGUGUCUUUUGUGCCUUGUUUUGUGAUUGUGAUCAGAUGAAAGUAUUUUCAAUAAGAUUCAUCACUUAUUGGAAAAUAUCAAAUAAUGCUAAUUGUUUUUGCAGGCUUGCCAAAAGGUUUGGAUUAAUGAGAAUAUAAUCAAGUCUAAAUUAAGAAAACCAAUUUCAAUUGUUAUCUCACCCAUUUCAUCCUUCGAAGUCAACAUACACUAAAUACGUUUUUUUUCUGUUGAUGGAAAAGUGGAUCAACCAGAAGUAAGUGCAGAUUAACCAUCCAAGAGGAACAAAGUCUUUUUAAGGUCACCCAGAACCGGUCGUCGUCAAUAGCUGCCUGUCUUUUUUGCCUGUCUAUAAUUCAUUCUCAGCCUCAAUAAUAUCAUCAACAUCAUCAUCUUGGUUGAUUAAAUUGUUUCAAUCAAAUACCUUUUACCCAAUAUCAACUCCCCGUGACCAAAACCCAGUACUAAAUAGUGUUGUGUUUUCAUGUUUUGUUUACAAGUUUCUAGCUUUCACAAGUCACUGACAUCCAACUGGUGACAUUUUAUUUAAUCAAGUGGACUCAUCUCUAACUCUUACUCUCAAUUUUAAAUCUAUUGUUUUAAUUGACCCCUUUUAUUUCAAGUUUUGUAACUCUAUUACCCUUGUGUGCCAACAUAAUUCACCUAUUUUUAAAUAACAAAAGUCAAAUAUGGUCAGACAAGCUUUAGUGUGAUAGCCAUGCCAAUCGAUAGCAAUGUUAAUUGUUUUCCUAGUGUUCGCUACAAUAUCUGCCUCAGUUAUCACCGCAGAGGAUUAUCAAGGUUUAUUCCUGGGGAAACUGAAUACUUAUGCUCAUCAAGUUUCUGGUGAUGUCUAUGCUGUUGAUGAGUACACAAUUUUGAUUAAAAGUUUUUUCUAUGAUGGCUUAAGUGCAGAUGCCUUCUUCUGGUCUGGUGCUACGGUCAGACCCAGUAACAUUGGGUUCAUUGUUCCUGAUGAGACUGGCAGAACCAAUAAAUUACGUCGAUACAACAAUGAAGAUAUAACCAUUCGUCUUCCAGAAGACAAAAAACUCAAUAGUAUUAAAUGGUUUUCUAUCUGGGACAUUCGUGAUCGUCGAAACUUAGCCGACAUCUACAUUCCAGAAGAAUUUGAGCCUCCCUCGCCUCAGAGAAUCUCAGAAUUCUCAAGGAUAUCAAAUGGAGUACAAUCUGGUCCAGUUGUUAUCCUUGAUUCCAAAACGAUUGCAAUUCCAGAACUUUACUACGAUGGUUUAUCGGAGAAUACAUUCUUCUGGGUCGGAGAUGGUCCUCAGCCUCAUUCCUCUGGUCGCAAAAUUCCCAACGAACAAGGAUAUUUAGAAUCAUUAGGUCCAUAUUCAAAUGAAGAAAUAAUUCUCGAAUUGCCUGGUAGCAUGACGGUUUUUGAAAUCGAUUGGUUAGCUAUUUGGAACGCUGAACACGAGAUUAAUUAUGGAUCAGUGAUAAUUCCAGAUAACCUAAACAUUCCACCAUCUUUAACAUCUUUAAUCAAACAUGAAUCUCCUUUGCCAAAUUGUGAGCAAUUGCAUCGUAGAUUGCAAUUAAGUUGGGAGAUAUUUGGACCUCAAAUCACCUUUGAAGUCGCUGGUCAAAUCGAUCCAAAUGAUUACAUUGCUUUUGGUCUCAGUGGAUCUCCGAAUAGGACACAAAUGAUUGGUGCUGAUGUAUCCAUUUCUUAUCUUGACGGACAUUUCGGAAAAACCGAAGAUUACAAUCUAACAGAAAAAUAUCCAUGUACCAAUGUUCUAGGAUUGCACAAGGGAAUUUGUCCUGACUCAAAGGUUGGUGGUGUUGAAAAUUUCCAAAUUCACACUUAUGUAAGAGAAGAAGGAAUAACUAAAAUAACUUAUCGACGAAAUUUAAUCAACACAGGUGACGAAGGAGAUAGAAUUUUUGAAAAACAAGGAAAAUCAUCUGUGAUAUGGGCGAUUGGAAAACUUAAUCCAUUGAAAGAACCUCGAAUGCACCAUUAUUAUCCAAAAGGAUUGAUUCAACUAGAGUUUGGUCGUAAGCCUGCCGUACGCAAUUGUUACCAAUUUACCAAAACAUCCGAACGAUCUCCUUACACAAUUAGCAAUUUGGCCAAAAGAAAAACAUGGGGACCUUUGAGAGUUUUCAAUCAAAGUUUAACAACAUUCUAUGCACGACUUGGUGUUCCAGGAGGAAUUAGAGGUUAUACAAGUUUAACUGGAUCCACAUCUCCAGGCCUCGUUUGGUAUAUAAACGGGCUAAUGGCUCCAUCGUUAUUUGUUAAAAGAGGUCGAACUUAUUUGUUCAGAGUUGAGGGCGGAAACAAUCCUCACAAUGCUCGAUAUUAUCACCCUUUGUAUAUAACAGAUGAUGCAAUGGGUGGCCUGGUUAGACAAGAUGACAAGGAAAGGAAAAAACGUCACGUUUAUGCUGGAAUAGACUAUGAUAGAAAAGGUCGACCUACACCAACUGCAUCAGGAAGACUUUGCCUAUGGGAUUAUCCAAAUUCAAUGGACGCUAGAAAAGCAGAUAAUUAUCAAACAUUUAUUCAAUUUAGGAAUGCUCUAAAUUAUACGUGUGAACAAGGUAAUGUUGGGCUUCUUCAGUGGACACCCAACUCAAGCACACCUGAUGUAGUUUAUUACCAAAGUUUCACUCAACGAAACAUGGGUGGCAAAAUUUUUGUUCUUGAUGAUUUUUCUCUGUUGCCAACUUUUGUAUCUGGUAGUAAUACUAUCAGCCUGUCAUUCUUGUUAGUUUUUACACCUCUAUUUUUUCUUACGAUAAUUCCUAUGCUUAAUAAUUUGAGCUAACGAACAAACCAAAAAUCAAUGUAAAUGAAUAGAAAAAAACGAACAAAUAAAUGUUGUAUAGUA